UGUGUAUUAUGCGUUAUGCAGAAGUCUGUGCUCUGGCCCUUACUGAACAAUGGCGUUGGAGAAUUCGCCUUAAAAAGCACCUGGAGCCAAUAUUGAGAGAGAGAGAGAGAGAGAGAGAGAGGGAGAGAGAGAGAGAGAGAGAAGAGAGAAAGAGAAAGAGAGAAAGAGUGUUAACCUCAAAAUUGUCCAGAACUGUAAACAUUGAGGAAAAGUUGUUGACAGGUUGACAGAUAAAAGUCAAACUGAAGGAGAGGAGAAAGGGAAGAAAUAAAAGGUUUGAACAGUUUUAGAGACAUUCAGAUAAUUGAAGGCUGAUAGAGCAAGGCCGCACCAUGAAUCAGAUAAAGCAUGAAAACCUGCCGAACAUACCAAUUAUUUCUGCUCAAGUGGAUACUUCAGCAGCCAUAAAAUUAAGCUCAGGCGCAAAAAUGAUUCUUGAAAGAUCACUAAUGGCUCGCGCGGAUAUAUGGCACAAGGUAAGAGUUAUCAAAGGUGGACAUUACUCCAAGGAAAUUGUUUUGAAGGCUAUUCUGAAAACUGUAGAUCCGGCAGACUUAAUACCGGUGAAAUAUCAGGUUUGCGGGGAGGACGCGUUCUUUAUAGCGAGAAAUUGCGGUCCUGCCCUCGAGAAGCUAUGCAUGGCAAGCUUGAUUAUCAAGAAUAUCAAUGGUGAUGCUUUGAUCCUCAUGAUCACCUUGGGAUUUGCUUCCAUACGUGAUCUCAAAGUUAACAUCCAACCCCUCUUAUUGACCGCUCUGACCAAAAGAUACAAUCCCAAUGAAAAGACAUUGAAUUUGGAAAACUUUCACACGGAUCCGGAUGUAUCCAAGACUGUAUACUGUCCCUUGUCCCAAGUCAGAACUUCCAAUCAUGUUCUAAAGCUGGCGAAAACUGCUAUAGCCACCUUUGAGUACUUGAAUUUACAGCAUAAUGAUCUGUUCAACAUAUCAGCUAUUGAGAACUCAAAUUUAACAGCCAUCAAGUAUCUAGAUCUGAGACACAAUAAUUUGUUGAACAUGUGCGUGUUGACACCUCUGAAGAAUUUGACUGUCAUAAAACUUUGGCUGGACGGGAAUCCCCUCUGUGAGAAUUACUCAACCGUGAGGCAAUAUGUGGAUUCUGCCAAGAAGUAUUGCCCACACUUGCAGGAACUCGACGGGGUAUGUAUCUCGUCGAAGAUGCCCUUCAUGUACAAAGACCACUUCAGGGACGACAAAGUACAGCAUCUGGUGCACAAAUUCACGACACACUUCUUCAACCUGUACGAUCAAGUCGAUAGAUCUCUCCUGAAGGGACUCUACCACAAGAAUGCGGUCUACUCUAUGAGCUUCAGCGUCCCCAACACCAUUGCUGGCAAGACAAACCUUCAGCAGUACACAGCGCUGAGUAGAAAUCUACUGAGAAAGACACGGAAGAAAAUUACGACCUUCUAUGAAGGUGAGGAGCAGAUUCUGGAGGGUCAUGCCAAGUUACCCAGAAGCUAUCACGACAGGAGCUCCUUCAAGUAUGACGUUCUCUACGAUGAUGGGAAAUGCUUGGUGAUAUGCGUCUCGGGACUACUCAAGAAGCUGAGUUUAGGCCUCAACGUACUCUCGUUCAACAGAACGUUCAUAUUGUCGGUCACCGACGACAACGAGUAUCACAUCUUGAACGAUCAGUACCACCUCGACGCUGCGCCCGAGAAUAUCACACACGACAAAAUAACGGCUAAGACCACGUUCGACGAAACGUCGGUCUGCUUCAGCCCGAGCGAAAAGUCGGUGUUGAUAGUGCGAUUUGGACAGAUCACCACGCUGAACAAGGAGUGGUGCGAGAUGUACUUGUCGGAGGCCAAGUGGGACAUGAGGCAGGCUUUGUCCAACUUCAUGAAGGAUUACAAGUCGCUAUCGGUACCGGAGAACGCGUUCUACAAGUAGAGCGUGUGCGGUAACGACACGCAUUAUAGCGUCUUGAUCUCUUCUUACAGACUCGUCUCCCGUGAGCGGCCACUUCUGGGCUUUAAUCUCGUGCGACUUCAAUCUCGAGACCGGAGCGUCGUUUGCCACAGACGGAACACCCUGUGCAACUUCGUGUACAUGUUUCCUGGACGCUUUGUAAUAAGCAGAGAUGUAAAUAAAUAUGUCGGUGCGUAUAUCACACUUGUAUC